AUGGCUGAGAUAUCUUCUAAUACCAGUGCCAAUGAAUGUACUCCAACGAAAAAAAUUAAAAUAGAAACAGAAAAUGAAUGCAAAAAUGCCACUAGUAUACAUGACGUAGAAUUCUGCUCGUCUACAUUUAAUAUAAAAAAAGUUUUGCAAAAUAAUUGCACAAGGAAACAGAUAUGUAUAGAGGGUGCUUUUAAAGGAUAUGAAGGUUCGGCGGUUAUUUUAUUGGAGAAACAAAAUUUUUCGGAUGAUGAAGCAGCUUUGAAGGAAUUAUUUAAUAAAGACACAGUUUUACACAAACUUUAUAACAAUAAUAUUUAUGGGAAUUAUGAGUGUUAUCCCCUUAAAAAAUAUAAUGGUAUAAAUGCGACGAUAAUACAUCCUGCAACGGCAAAACAUAUCGAAAAAUUUCGGAGGAAAGAUCUUCAUAUCAUAGAUGAAACUUAUGAACUAUAUCAAAAAAUUACUCUUCCAUAUAUAGAAUCAAGCAGUUUUUCUAUAGAAUGGGUGUAUAAUAUUUUGGAACAUAAGGCAGAACAAGAUAAAAUUGUAUACGAAGAUAAAGAUGAGAAGACUGGGUUUAUAAUAGUAAAUGAUUUGAAAUGGGAUGGGCAAACAAAUACAUUAAAAUGUAUAGCACUUCCAUUUCAAAAGAUUCAAUGUAUUAGAGAGUUGAAUGCAUCUCAUCUUCCUUUACUAAAGAAUAUAAAAGAAGCUGGAACUGCUGCAAUUGCUGAAAAGUUUAAUGUACCUGCUUCUCAACUUAGAGUAUAUUUACAUUAUCAACCAUCCUAUUAUUAUCUCCAUGUUCAUUUUGCAUAUCUCAUGUUUGAAGCUCCAGGUAUAUAUGUGGAGAAAGCACAUCUUCUAUCUACAAUUAUAAGAAACAUUGAAUUAAUGUCAGAUUAUUAUACAAAGGCUGUACUGUCAUAUGUUGUUGCUGAAGGAGAUCCUUUGUACACUAAAUUUCUAAAAGAAGGAGUUAUAAAUGAAGUAUCUAAAUCUAAAACUACAGAAGAUUGAGAAAUAGGACAAGAAUAAUUAUGUAUUAAAGUGAUUGUAAUUGUUUUAUAAACUGUGUAUGAAAAAGUGUAUCAGCAUUUUACAAAUCAAAUUAAUAUCAUUUACCAGUGUAAUUUUAUAAUUUUAAAUUAUUAUAAAUUCAAUUUAAUAUGCUUUGUAAUUAAUAAAUAUUUUAUAUAAGAAUCA